GACUGAAUAACAAGCCGUGAACUGGGCAGCUGUGACACGCGCACCUUGUCACCUUGUCACCAAUUUCCUGCCCGGGAUCCCAGAGCUACCCUUCUUGGAGCCCACAGGGGCAGCCCUUGGCUGGUCCCUGCGAGCCCGUGGACACUGCCAGAGAUGUCCUCUUUCGGUUACAGGACACUGACUGUGGCCCUCUUCGCCCUGAUCUGCUGUCCAGGAUCUGAUGAGAAGGUAUUUGAGGUACACGUGAGGCCAAAGAAGCUGGCGGUUGAGCCCAAAGCGUCCCUCGAGGUCAACUGCAGCACCACCUGUAACCAGCCUGAAGUGGGUGGUCUGGAGACCUCUCUAGAUAAGAUUCUGCUGGACGAACAGGCUCAGUGGAAACAUUACUUGGUCUCAAACAUCUCCCAUGACACGGUCCUCCAAUGCCACUUCACCUGCUCCGGGAAGCAGGAGUCAAUGAAUUCCAACGUCAGCGUGUACCAGCCUCCAAGGCAGGUCAUCCUGACACUGCAACCCACUUUGGUGGCUGUGGGCAAGUCCUUCACCAUUGAGUGCAGGGUGCCCACCGUGGAGCCCCUGGACAGCCUCACCCUCUUCCUGUUCCGUGGCAAUGAGACUCUGCACAAUCAGACCUUCGGGAAGGCAGCCCCUGCUCUGCAGGAGGCCACAGCCACAUUCAACAGCACGGCUGACAGAGAGGAUGGCCACCGCAACUUCUCCUGCCUGGCUGUGCUGGACUUGAUAUCUCGCGGUGGCAACAUCUUUCAGGAACACUCAGCCCCAAAGAUGUUGGAGAUCUAUGAGCCUGUGUCGGACAGCCAGAUGGUCAUCAUAGUCACGGUGGUGUCGGUGUUGCUGUCCCUGUUCGUGACAUCUGUCCUGCUCUGCUUCAUCUUCGGCCAGCACUUGCGCCAGCAGCGGAUGGGCACCUAUGGGGUGCGAGCGGCUUGGAGGAGGCUGCCCCAGGCCUUCCGGCCAUAG